CUCAUCUCCUCAUAUAUAUCACCAUAAUGCCGGGCAAGAAGAAAAAGUCAGGCAACAAAUCAGCCGCAAGGCCAAUUCCAACACAUCAAGAUUCAUUAAGAAUGGAUAUAGAAGCAGCCAGACAUCACAAUAUGGACCAUAUCUCAAACGACAUAGGGGAGGAUGAGAAUGAAGAUGGACUGGAUAUAGCCGAUCAACUAUUAGCAAGCCUCGAUGCACGAGAUAAAGCAGCCGAUAAAGUGCAAAAAGCAAGUAUCGACGAAGAAAGAGCAAACGGAAGGCAUCAUUUAUUUGGAUCUCAUCAUAGCGCAUCAGAACAGAGCGGCCUCUCUGCCGGACAUUCUACCAGUCCACUUCGACAGGCAGGAGAAAAGCUACUUCAUGCUGGCGAAAAGAUUUUUGGUCAUCAUGGACACGAAAACGAAAGCACUUCUCCAGGCUCUCACCAACCAGAAAGAGCAACAACAGUCAUUCCUACAAAUGACCGAAAAGGAUCGAUAAGAAGAUUGUUCGGCUCAUCUCCGAACAAAUCACACACUUCGGCUGAUAUGGAGGCAGAGCAAAACGGAAGCGGUGGAGGGAAGAAAAAAAUGUCACGACAGAAAGCACGACUGGAACGCAAAGCUGCCGAAAUGGAAGCUCAACGUUUACAAGCAGAAGAGGAACUUAAAGCGAACGGAGGAAAACCCGAUGAAGCUCAACGUGAACGAGUUGCUUUGACAGAUUUGUGCAGAGCGCUGAAAGUACAGAUGUAUGAGAUUACUCCGGAUGGUCAUUGUCUUUAUGCAGCCGUUGCUGAUCAACUUAACAUUCUCGGCAAAUCACAAUCUAAACUCAAUUACGUUGAUACACGUAAAGCAACUGCUGAAUAUAUGCGAAAGCAUGGUGAUGACUUUAUGCCAUUUAUUUCUGAUUCGGAUGAACAUAUGGCCGGAAUCGAGAACAAAGAAGCAGGACAAGAAACACACAAUAUGUCACAACAAGAAAAAUACUUUUUAGGUUAUUGUGAUGCCAUCGAAAAGACGGCCGUUUGGGGUGGUCAACCGGAAAUUUUGGCUUUAUCUCGUGCUUAUCAUACGCCCAUCCAUGUCGUUCAAGCAGGCAGUCCGGUGGUAAAAGUUGGAACAGAAGAAGCAUCCGGUCCUGAUGAUUUACCAGUCAUCAUUUCGUACCAUCGACACAUGUAUGGUUUGGGUGAGCACUACAAUUCCUUGCACAAGGUCAAGGGUGCUUGA